GAAAAAGAUCAUAUUUUUGCCAUGGAUCGUGAAUUUGACGUUUUAGGGCAAUACCGCACCAUUACUUCCAAGUUGAAAAGGCGUUUCCUCAAAAAGCCUAACGUUUCUGAAUCAAGUAGUCAAUUUGGUGCUCUUGCCAAGGAGCUGAAAAGACAAGACUGUCCACAAUAUGCAGGUUUCUGCAGUCUGGCCAAAGCCAGGUGUGAAAAUACGCUCUCAAACGCGACCGGGGAAGUCGAAGCACUUACCGAAGCGGCAAGAUUGUUUUUAGAAGCGGAGAAGAACUGCGUAGAACUUAAAUGCCCGGCGUUCGAGGAACACUUGACUGAAGCAAUACAUUUGUAUAAUCAAGCCAUUAAGAUCCACUGUGCCCAAGGGAACUCGGCUUUAGGGGCUUGUUUGUGCCUGGAGAUAGGAGACGCCUUGAGAUACAUGAACCGGCCCCACGAAGCUAUGGUCCACUAUCAGCAUGCAGCGGAGUUACAGCAUCAGAAUCCUAUAGAUGCUCUGCAGUCUAUGACAUUAGUGGCAUCAUGCAAAAUUGAUACAGGUAGAUAAUUUAACCUGAGGCAUGUUAAACAACCCACCCUAUCAGUGGGUAAUGGAACAGUUUCACUUACUUAAAAGUGGUUCUUAAAUGUUGCUUUGAUCAAUGUUAUGCAUGGUUCAAUUCUAUUUGCUCCAGACCAAUACCCCACACCCCACCCCCCAACCCCCAUCCCCACCACCAUUACCACCACCACCAAAGGAUACACCUUUUUUCUUACAUGGCGGUCUAUUCCCUCCCCACCCCCAUAAAUGCAGAAAGGGAGAAUUCCCCACCCCCUGGGCUCCUCAUCAACAACACAUACUUUGUUUUGAUAACAAUAUUGAUUUCCAUAUAAUUAGCAAAUCAAGAUGUUUUGUAAUAAAUUGAUGGUAGUAUUUUAAGGGAAAUUGUCUCAGGUUUGUAUUUCAUAAAAUACGGGACUGAGAUCUGUUUUUAAUAGGCCAUACAGCCAUUUUCAGAAAGAUAUGUUUCCUUCCUCUCCACUUGUAGGGAGGGUGGAAAUAUGGCUCCCUCAAAAACAUUGGUGUUUUUGGGUAGGUUUCCCAGGAGUGGGCAUUAGAAAAAGGGCAAGUAGGCUCACUCAGUUGUUUCAAAAUUUCUGGGAUUCUGUGGUUCAUGCAACCAUUUCCCCCCCUAUUCAAAUUCUUCUCCAUUGGCUUCUUUAGUUGAGACGCAACCGGAAUAGACUAAGGUUAUUUGUGUUUCAGGUGAUUUUGACGGUGCUCUGUCUGUGCUAACUGAGAUGGCUUAUUUUGCUGAGGAACGUGGAUCUGUGAGCCAACCCCAUGGCAAAUUACAAGGUCCAUAUCAAGAAAUCUUAGCACAUUGUGAAAUUGGACGAGUCCUUCUUCUUAUGUUACUGCAGCCCACACCUCAACGUAUUCGUCCUCAACAUGCUCAGAUACUUGAGAAAUACUCUGAAGGCAAUGUCACUGGGCACCCUGUAGAAUUUAUGAACAAAGAUUUGUUUCUGUUGCUUCAGUCUGUGGUGAUGGUUUGUCAGGAAGGAGAUGCAUGUGCUCUGCAGGAUCUUGAAAAAGAUCUAUGGACUUAUCUCAACCCUGAGCAACAGCAUCUUCUUCAUUUGAUUACCCUAAAAAUGUCAAACAAGGAACACUAAGGCAACUUGUAGACUAGCUUGCACAGCAUAUGCUUGGAAGUAAUAAGCGAAACAGAAUGGGAUGUGUGACAGAGUUAUGUGAGGGGAAAGGGAACACCUGCAAACAAAAUAAUAUUUUGCCCAACAUUUUCUCGGAUCUAACGUGAUAAAUACUAUCGAACAGAAAUUAUUAAGAUAUGUUUAUUAGUGAUCAAAGUUUUUCAGAACCAAUAAAAUAGUCAUUUUCAAGUAGAGUAGAAUAAUAUUAUUGGCAGUGAGUGCCUUCCACAACUUGGAUUUGGAAGAGAGCAUAAUGAAUAGCCUACAAGUGAGCUCUCAGUUUGGGGGAGUCACAAAAGGAGCAGUGCACGAAAGGAGACAUGAGUUCCCAUGGCUUCGUUGCUCACUCACACAUUGUCUUCUGGCUUCGCUUCAGGCUACAUAAUUUAUUUCAAGAAGUUAUGUGGGCCAUAUUGGUGUGUAAUAAGCCAAUCCUGUGGGAGUUAAUAUAAACUCUUUUCUUACAUCAGGACUUUCUAUUGAUCCAAUAAACUAACAUAACCAUAGCUCAGAUGUUUGAAAAUAGUACAUAC